AUGGGUGGCACCUGCCAGCCCCCUGGGCGUUUCUGGGGUCCCGACAGCCCCCCGCUCUGCGCAGCUGCACACACGGGGUUGGCCCGGCAGCUCCAGGCCGAGUUCGUGGCCGAGCGGGGGUGGGGCCAGUUCCACCAGCCCCGAAACCUUCUCCUGGCGCUGGUGGGCGAAGUGGGGGAAGUGGCCGAGCUCUUCCAGUGGCGGGCGGAGCCGGAGGCGCGGGCGGGGCUGCCGGGCUGGGCGCCGGGCGAGCGGGCAGCGCUGGAGGAGGAGCUGAGCGACGUGCUGCUUUACCUGGUGUCGCUGGCCCAGCAGUGCCGGGUGGACCUGCCCCGCGCCGCCCUGCGCAAGCUGGAGCGGAACCGGGCCCGGUACCCGGCCGACCGCGCCCACGGCUCGGCCCGCAAGUACACCCACUACCAGGCCGGACCCACGGACGCCCAGCGUCGGGAUGGACCCACGGACGCCUGCUGCCCCCAGGACUGACGGCCGGGCCCGGACGGACGGACUCCACCCCCUACUGGGGGGCAGAUCCCAUCCCCUGGCAGAGAGAUGGGGUGUGUCCCCCCAACCCCACCACUUCAGCACCCCCCAGUUCCAGCUUUGCCCCUGUUCAUUACACCUCAGCUCCGCAAUUUCUACAGCAACCCCCCUGCCCCCAGUUUAUCAACGACCCCCACCCCGUCCCAGGCCAUGCCCCGCCUGUCACCCCAGGCUCCCCCUAAGUUCAGGCCUGAGUUUGUCUCUUUUUCUUGGUGAUUUUAAGUAAUAAAAACCUUCCCUUUGUGGA